CAUAAGCCAAAAUGGCGGAGUCUGAAGUAACAACAGAUGUUCAGCAAAGUGAACUGCCUGAUGAGAAACCAGAGAUUUCCAUUGAGAAUGUUCAUAAACCAACACCAAUAGCUAGUGGGUUAUAUCCCAAGUACGUUAAAACUUUACAAGAGGCAGACGAAGUCAUGAAUCGCUUUGAAACGAAUACAAAAAGCCGAUUUUGCGUGUGGCGAAGUCCAAAGGAUUUCGGCCACUCGGCAUUAGAAAGUAAACCAAAGAAAGUUUACUGGGAUGAAUCUCUUUGGAUUUUAAUGUGAAGGAAAAAAUUGAGCCUGGUGUCCCAUUCAUGCUUAUGGGAAAAAAGAUUUUUGAUUGUCAUCAUGGUAAAGAUCGCAGUGUUGCUAUGAAGAAACGAGCCGAACAGAAACGUGUUGAGAUGAAUGAGAAGAAGAAAAGAAAUAUUGUAGCACCUGGAAAGAAAAUAAAUUGCCCAGCACUGAUUGCUUUUAAUGAUGUUGUCUUGUUUCCAGAAUACAAGAUUGCCCAAACUACACAAUACAUGAAAAAAACUAUGUCCCAUACGUUGAAAACUAACAUGAAGGAAGGAAAAAUUGAUUUGGAUAAAAUUGAGCGAAGAAUAUAUCUUAGCUUUCCAAGUAAUGAGUCCCAUGUUGGUCAUGUUGUAGGAGAGGAAAGUGAAACAAACUCUGAAAGAUUACAUAAUAAAGUAUCAGGAAAGAUUGUUGAUUUAGUGAAAGAAGGAUUGACUUGUGUCAAAGAGGUUCAACGUCAGUUGGAAGUGUUUGUCAACAUGGAGUUAUGUCCAGAGUUGUGGAAACCAUACCACAGCAAUCGUCGUUACUAUCCUACACUUGGUGUAAUAAGGAAUAAGAUGUACCAUGCAUUAAUCAGGAGACGUUUAGAGAUUAUUAAGGAUGUGGACAGUAUCAUUGAGUUUAUUGGAGAACAACAGGAAAAAAAUCCUGAAGACAGACUAUAUUGUCGACCUUGUGAAAAUAUUAAUGAGAUGUGCAUCCAUGCAUUGUCUGGUAUUUCUGUUGAGGAAGAACACGAAGAUUUUAUCAAAAUUCGUCAGAAAUAUUCCCAACAAUCAUUCAUCUUUGUCCAUCAAACGUCAUUUCAACGGCAUUUGUUACAACGCUAUGGCAACCAUGUUUGUUUUCUUGAUCCCGUGUAUAGAAUGGUUAAAUAUUCAUUACCAUUAUACUUUAUAAUGGUGAAAACAAAUGUUGACUAUCAAGUUGUUGCAAUGUUUCUACAACAAGAUGAGAAUAGGACGUCCAUAGCGGAGGCGUUGGAGAUGAUAAAAUUAUGGAAUGUUGACUGGAAACCAAAGCUUUUUAUGGUUGAUAAUGAUAGUGAAGAUAUUGCUGCUGUUCAAACUGCAUUCCAUGAUUGUAAAGUUUUCAUUGGUGAUUUCUAUCGUGUUCAUUCAUGGGAAAUGUGGUUAUCACAAACGACCAAUCACAUGAUACCUUACAAAGAAGCACUACUCAAUCACAUGUAUCGUAUUGCAAAAUCACCAUCAUCCGAAGAGUUUGAUAAACGACUAAAUGACCUCCAGAAAAGUGAGACAUGGAAUGACAAUUUUGGUAAACCAUUUCGAAUAUGGUUUCAAAACAAUUGGCUUGCUGUAAAGGAGCAUUGGGUUUGGUGUUUCAAAGUCGACAGCUACACCAGCGUUCUCACCACCAAUAAUACGUUGGAAUCGCAAAGAAAAUACUUUAUGCACGAACAUCUCAUUGGUUGUAUGACUAACUCUCUAUCAGAGAAUAUCAAAUUUCUUGUUGAUGAACAUCUUUCACGUUAUCGUGAUGUUUAUUACGAAUUGAAUGCGGACAUUUUGACUGCCACUUCAAGUAAAUACACGAAUAUCCCGGAUGUAUUUCGCAACCGACCUCGUUGGAUUAUUGAUCACAUCAGUGAACGAAUUACGUCAUCUUAUGAUAUAUCAUGUGAUGACAUCAUUGUGGAUAGCUUCAAGGAAGGCGAAUUCUUGGUGAACUGCCGGCGUUCUGAUGUUGAAUUCAAAGUUGAGUUCGGUAACGAUGAAAAAUAUCCUCAUUGUGAAUGUGAAGAUUGGUGUACAACAAUGUUACCUUGCAAACAUUUCGUUGCCAUAAUGCGUGAUAUCAAAGAUUGGAGUUGGUCAAAAUUCCCCGUUUCUUAUCGUUGUUCUCCUUAUUUGACCCUAGACGAGUUUGUUAAUCCAAAAUCCUUCAAAGAAGAACAAGAAGAAGAACAGAGUGAUGGACAAGUAAAUGCUUCAACAUGUGAUACUAAUGAAGGCUCGGUCAGUGUUCUUGACUCAAGUCAAUUUCAUGAUCUAACAAUCCCAAAGUUUAACUCACGAAGCAAGGCCAGCAUAUGUCGGGAUCUCCUUAACGAAAUCAACAACUUGACCUACAGUCUCUCUGAUGAUGACGUCAUCAACCGUUUACAUGCCUCCUUAGAUCAGGUUUACACGGACUUGAAAUUGUCAUUUGUGGAUGAUGAACAUGUGUUAGACCCGGAACUUGUUGAGUCACAGCAAGUAAAGUUGGAGGAAAAACCGAAAAAUAACGGAAAGAAAAGCAAACGUUCCUUGAAAGAUGGCGAAGGCAAUGUUGACGAACCGCAGCGUAAAGUGUCGAAACCUGCCGAGAAUGCAACGAUAUCGUACAACGGUAACGAGACGAUAGAGGAGCAGGUCCUAGAGGAGAUGAAUCACAUGGCAAUCUUAAAUAUAGAUUGUUACCGCGAGUCUGCUGAUUCUAAUCCUGAUGGCUCAGCUUCAGGAGAUGGAAACACUGUUGAUCAACAGCAAUCAAAGGAUGUUAAUAACUGUGGUAGUUCACAAGAAGGUUACAUUAUAGAUCAAAAGAAGGUUGAUGACGUCACUGUUAUUGAAGUGAAGACACCUACUUCUUUACCAAAACACGAAGCAAGAUUGGUUCAACGGAAUGAAAUGGUGACGACCGACUCAAUAAAUCUUGCCCAAAGUAUCCUUCAUGAAAUGUUUCCUAAUUUGAAAGGUUUUCAAACCGUUGCUCGUGGUUCUGUACAAGCGUUCUUGCCCGUGAGCGGCGAUUUCAUUCAAAUUUUACAUGAUGGCGGAUUGCAUUGGGUUUGUACAGCAAACGUGUGUGUUAACGAUGUGAGCAAAGAUCCUUCAGCUGUGAACAUGUAUGACAGCAUGAAUCUUGGUUUCAUAGCAAAGUUUACGAAGCAACAACUUGCUUCUUUCAUGUGCAUACAAAGCUCUGAAAUGAAGAUUAUAAUGAAAUCAGUUCAACAACAAAUAACGCAUGUCGACUGUGGCGUAUUUGCCAUCGCAUUUGCAACAGCAUUAGCCUUUGGUAUGGAUCCAAGCAAACUACGUUUCGACGUUUCUAAAAUGCGCCCUCAUCUUGUUGAGUGUCUGAAGCUCAAAAAGAUGAGUCCGUUUCCUGAGAUGAAGCCUGGGGCUAGUAGCGAUCUUGUAUUAUCGAAGAGAAAGUUUUAUACCGUUGAGUUGUUCUGUAGUUGUCGUAUGCCUUAUGAGAAACCAAAGAGUGAAAGUGAUUUAAUGGCUCAAUGUGGAGGAUGUAAGGAAUGGUUCCAUCAACGAUGUGAAAAGAUUGCUUUAGAGAUUUUCAAAACUUCUGGCAUGAACUUUCUGUGCUCCAUGUGUUUAAAGCGUGAAUAGUAGUGGAUUUCCACAAUGAAAACGUCUAUUUUCUAGAGAGUCUUUACUUAGGUAUUUUUAUAAUGCCUGUCUCUAAGAGGAAGAUUAGUCAAGAUAACAGUAUUAUUUUAUUUUUUUGCACAUUUUUAAUGAAAGCAGUAAUGUAUGUGUGUUAAAAA